AUGGAACAGUUCAAUCCAGGACUGAGGAAUUUAAUAAAUCUGGGAAAGAAUUAUGAAAAAGCUGUCAAUGCUAUGGUGGUGGCUGGGAGAGGCUAUUAUGAAAAAAUAAAUAUGGCUGUAUGUUUAUCAACAGGCCAAGUUCUCGUAGAAAUUUCAAGAACACACAAGAAACUUAAUGACAGUCUAGAGGAGAGUUUCAAAAAAUUCCACAAAGAAAUUAUAUCUGAACUGGAGAAGAAAACAGACCUGGAUGUAAAAUAUAUGACUGCAACUUUAAAGAGGUACCAAACUGAACACAGAAGCAAAUUAGAUUCUUUAGAGAAGUCUCAGGCUGAGCUGAAAAAAAUCAGAAGGAAAAGCCAAGGAGCACGAAAUGUAAUGAAGUAUGAGCAUAAAGAAAUGGAGUAUUUGGAAACGGUGAGCUCUCGACAGAGUGAUAUUCAGCGAUUUAUUGCAGAAGGCUGCAGAGAGGCUCUCCUUGAAGAAAAAAGAAGGUUCUGUUUUCUGGUUGACAAGCACUGCAGCUUUACCCAGCACAUGCACUUCUAUCACAUUCAGUGUGCAGACUUCCUGAAAUCCAAGCUGCCGGGGUGGCAGGAAAUCUGUAGCGAUGCCACCAAAGUGCCUGAAAAAGUCAGGAUGAUGAUAGAUGAAAUAAAGACACCUGGUUCCACUCCAGUAUCAGGAACUCCGCAGCCUUCACCAAUGAUAGAGAGAAAUACCACGAUUGGAAAGGAUUUUUAUCCUCAUCAUGAAAAUGCAUCGAAGGUGCCUCCUGCUCCUACAGGCAGGGCAUACACUAGUCCACUGGUCGAUAUAUUUAACAAUCCUGCAACAGUUCCGAAGGCAUCUUCCGAAAAACUAAGUAAUUCGGCAGAGAAUUCAGAUGAUGCUAGUUUAUCGCGUUCAACUUCUGUUGCCACAGGACUAAAUAUAAUAAAAAGACAAAAAGUAAAGACAAUCUUCCCACAUACUGCUGGAAGUAACAAGACGUUGCUUAGCUUUGCACAGGGGGAUAUCAUCACACUGCUUGUAGCUGAGGAAAAGGAUGGCUGGCUUUACGGGGAACAUGACACAACUAAAGUGAGAGGAUGGUUUCCAUCAUCGUAUACUAGACCACUGGAAGAACCAGCAGAAGAAAAAGCAUUUGUCCCAGUGCCAAGCCCUGCACCAAUCCGAAGUAUUAGUUCUGUAAACCUUGUGGAAAAAGGUGAUGUUGUCCUCCCACCACCAGACUAUCUGGGGUCUUUGCAAACAGAUAGAAGACUGGAGCCUUCCAAAGGUACCGCUGUUAAAACACCAACCGACAGACCAGAAACUGCAGGUCCGAAACCUGAUAUGAAUGGCAUUAUAAAACCACCUUUUCUAAGUGGAGAAAAUCCUUUUGCAACUGUGAAACUCAGACCAACAGUAACAAACGACAGAUCAGCACCAAUUAUUCAAUGA